AAAAAGUUCAUACAUUUUUUUUAGCACCCUCUGUAUAUACGUGGUUGGACAGGUAGGGGAGGGAGGGGAAGUGACAUCUACCAACAAGUCCAAAUACAGGGACCCCUCUGUUGCACACGCGUCAGCAUUCUUUCCACUCGCCUCGCGGGGCUCUAAAGAGCGCCGCUAAGCCCCCACCUCUCUAACAGCGGGUCGCCCACCCUUUCUUCUUGCUGUUCUGGUCACGGUGCUCCACCAGUUCUCAGCGCUCCUUUAACCAGCUCAGUGGGCCCAGGUGCCCCGCCCACGUCAGAUUCGGGCUCCGCCCCUGUCCCCCAGGGCGGGGCGGGAAUGCCUUUACUUUAGGCCUCUCGGUUUGCACGGGCCGGCGCGUGGGCCUGCGGCCGGGAGGGUGGGAGCUGUCGCAGCCGCUCACGAUGGAGGAACUGGAGCAAGGCCUGUUGAAGCAGUCAUGGGCAUGGUUACAGCUUGCCGAGAACUCCCUCUUGGCCAAGGCUUAUAUCACCAAGCAGGGCUAUGCCUUGCUGAUUUCAGAUCUUCAAGAGGUGUGGCAUGAACAGGUGGACACUAGUGUGGUCAGCCAGCGAGCCAAGGAGCUGAACAAGCGCCUGACUGCUCCCCCUGAGGCCUUUCUCUGUCAUUUGGAUGACCUGCUUCGCCCACUGUUUAAGGACAUUGCUUGCUCUGGCAAAGCGACCUUCUCCUGUGAUCGUGUGGCAGAGGCAUUGAUAUUACGGGUGCGAAGUGAACUCUCUGGUCUCCCCUUCUAUUGGAAUUUCCACUGCAUCCUAGCUAGCCCUUCCCUGGUCUCCCAACAUUUGAUCCGUCCUCUGAUGGGCAUGAGUCUGGCAUUGCAGUGCCAAGUGAGGGAUCUCGCAACCUUGCUUCAUAUGAAAGAUCUAGAGAUCCAGGACUACCAGGAGAGUGGGGCUACAUUGAGCCGAGGUCGGUUGAAAACAGAACCAUUUGAAGAAAAUUCCUUCUUGGAACAAUUUAUGGUAGAGAAACUACCAGAGGCAUGCAGUGUUGGUGAUGGAAGACCCUUUGUCACGAAUCUACAGAAUCUAUAUAUGGCAGUCACCAGACAAGAGGUCCACGAGAGGCAGAAGCAUGGAGACACUGGAGAUCCUCAGACCUCAAGCCGCACCUCCCCACCAGGAACUGAUAGCCGACUUCUGACCCAGCCAGAGGAGCCGGUUUCCUCAGCACCAGCCCUCCCAGGGCCUGAGAAAGAGCCCACAGGUCCUUCAGGCUCUGUGCAGAGACCUCAGCUGUCCAAGGUCAAGAGGAAGAAGCUAAGGGGGCUCUUCGAUUGACUUGUCACUGCCUCAACUGCUGAGGAUGGACUUGGAAAAUAGUGCCACCUUGAAAGGAACUCCAGCGGCAGCAGUAUCUCUGACACAAUUAUAUAGUCAGAGGCAAGAUCACUGAAUUUCACGUUGACAGGCCACCUGAAUGGGUACUGUUACCCGAGGGAAUCCUGCCUCCAACCCAUCGGGCCUUGGCCUUCCCUAUCUGAGUCAAAGCCAGUGUCUGAGAAUCCCAUACCUUCCUCUUUUGUGGUGGAGGUUCUCUAGACCCUGGAUGCUACCAUGGACUCUAGGCGUAUAGGGCAAGUCAGCAAAAAGGCACAACAUACUUAGGAAGCCUUGCCUACCUUUCUCAAGAGUUCUUAGCCAGUCCCAGGUGCUCCUCAGAGACCCACUUCCCUCUUUAGCAUGUUAUAAAAACCACUCAUACUUCCCUGCUUUUGAGAGUACUUAUUCUGUGGAACACAUACCCCACUUCACUUUACUGCGUCCCACCCCACUUGUCUCAGGAUGAAAUCUAGGCCCUCAGUUCAGUCCUUCAAGGUUCUUUUUAUGCUUCUCUGCUGUGGCCUGUGCUAAGCCUCCAUGUGGGAACUUUGAUCUGGAGAACUGUCUCUAUGAUGGGCACAAGGCAGAACAGAUGGCUGCUGCUCUCCUUUGCCCAACUGGAUGUGGGUUUUUUGGUCUGUUUCCAAGACGUAGACAACAGGUUAAACCACAAUAUGGAAAUGAAAUUACAAAGAGCUCCAAGCGCCAGGGCCAAGGUAGUUAGUUUCCCACUGGAGUGCAAGAAAAAGGAAUUUUACUUUCCCAUCCUUCACACCACUUCAAAUAACAUAGUGACUAGAAGAGCUAGGAUGACAGGGAACAAGAAAAUGGCCACAGGAGUUCUCUGGGACAAUGGAAUUGGCCUAUAGAAUGAAUAGUGCUUAGCAAGAAGAAAAAAUGUAAAGGCUGUGUGAGAUAGGCAGAGCCUUAGACAGUCAACUUAGAAAGUCAACUCUUUGGACAAAUCUGGCAAUAUUUAAAGACCAGGAUUGACAAAGUUCCUUGGCCUUCUCUGCUAGGUUUUCUUAGUUAGGUAAGACCAUAUGAAACUUUACUUUGGAGAGACAGGAAGGAAAGUAGAACUGACAUGUUAACUGGGGGCUUUUAGGUAGAGGAAGGGGUCGGGGGCAGCACCCACAGAGGCCUUUUCUGGUUUAUUUAUAUAUGGUGGUCAAGUGCUUCCUCGUUCUCAUAUCCUCUCUAGUUGGUAGUGGUGUUUUUGUCCUCAAGUCAUGGAAGAGUGGAUAAUCCAAGCAAUAAUAAAAUAAUAGUGAUUAUAAUAAAGUAAUAAUAUUUAUUGAGCAGUUGAUAUAUAGCAGGUACUCUAAUAAUUGCCUCACAUUGAACCCUCACAGCAUCAUAUGAGGAAGAUACUGUUUACCCGCUGGGAAAUGGAGUCUUGAUGUGAUUAAGUGACUUAUCAAAGGUUACACAGCUAAUAUGUAACAGCCAGAAUUUGAACCCAGACAGCUGGGUUGUUAACUGCAUUAUUCUGUACAUCACUGAAAACGUUUUCCAGAAAGGAUGUCAGGCCCAUCUUUCCUGUCUUCCACUGUAACAUCCUUGUCCUUUGAGCCUGCUUCCUUUUAGUAGGAUGUUCUUUGUAUUCCUCAUGGAACAGACAGGAGUCUUUGAAGACUCAGGAACUACCCCAUGCCUUUACCUGCUGGCAGAGUCUGAGUGCUCCAUCGGGGUUCAUUCCCAGGUGCUGCUGAUACCUUCCUUUACCUCCAGACCCCAGUGUCCCAUUGGUGUGCCCCGUAGUUGUGACUGUCACUGCAGUGAAUUGGGAACCAAGUAAAAACAACCUAUAGAUGGCUCACUUUGUUCUUUAGUUUCAUUUUGGCAUAAUUUAGACAGCUAGAUUUCAGGAUCUACAAGAUAUAAGGCCACAUGGAGAAUGGAAAGCCUUUCCCAGCGAGCUGGGAGAAAACAUGGUUUCUUCACCCUGGCGAAUCCCUCCGCCCUAAGAGCACAGUUUCCAGAGCAGGCCUUUUUAAUCACAGGGGGAUAAGGGGCUGUGAAUCCCCCAAAUUAUAAGUAAAAUCCUAAGAGCAUAACGUUUUCCAUGUUCUCAAAAGAAGGUGUAGUUUUUAAAAAGGUUAAGUAAGAAUAUGCCUAAUGACCUCCCCGCCCACUGCCCACUCUACCCCAAAGGUUGCCAUCUGCAUGGGGACAUUGCCCAAAUAAACAUCGCCUGCGGAGGCCCUGCCUCAGGCAUUCUUGCCCUGAAGUUCUUACCCCCAAAAGCGAGGGGUGGUGGUUGAGAAUCAUUUGUCCCGGGGCAACUCCAGGGAAAUCCCUGCCUUGACAAAUUGGCCUAGCCAGGCUGUAUUCCAGCCCUGCCCCCUGGCUUGGGCCCCACCCUGAGGCCCCCAGCCUGGCCCAACCCCCACUCCACAUGCACAUAAAAGGGUCGAAUUCUCGUGGCUGCUCCAUAAAUUUUAUUCCGUAAAUAUUAGUUUUCCCUGUGUUUAAUAAAGCAGUGGCCCACCUCCCCGCCUACCCGCCCGCUCCCCGGGGCCGGGGCUGGGGCCAGGGCUGGCUGGUGGGAGAAGGGACUCUUUCAAUUGCUUUGGAGUAUUUUUAGAAAAAAAAAUAAUAUAAGGUGGUUUACACGAGCGAGCCAGCAAACCAGGAGCAGGACUAAGGACCUCGAGGAAGUUCCUGCAGGAACUUGACCUAAAAAGUAGAGAAAUAGCGCCACCUAGGCUGCAAGGCCUACUUGGCCUGGCUGGCUGGCUCACCCCUCCCCCACAAUCAGCUAGGACAGGCCGGCUCUUUGCUGGAAGAGAAAGCUGCAUCCCUUAGCACUCCAGCUGGGCAGUACCUCCUUUACUCAGGCCUCACGGAGGGCUUUCCCAGCAGCCCUUGAAGGCAGAGCCGGAGCUGGGUCCUGGAAAACCCUACUGGGGUCAUUUUCUUUUCUCCUGUCUCCAGUCAGCCCAUCUCCCAGAUCAAGGAGUCUUUCCAAAGGAUAGUGAAGUUAUUGAGAAGAGAGGAAGGAGUGUCUAUAGUCUCUGUCUUCACGCUGAGCCCUGAGGAGCGAGCCCUGGAAUUCCUAGGGUGCAAUUCCUAGUGGCAAAGAGUGAAAUCUGUGUUCCUUUGCUCUGGACUUGAGCAUCUAUCCCUGUCAGACCAAGAUCCCUCCCAGUCUGGUGCAGGUCCCUACAGUGAGCACUCGGGCAAGGAGAGAUGCUCAACUCGCCUGCAUCCUCAGCCCUCCGCCUCCCUCAUUUUAUCCUGUGGUGCAUGUGAACCCCCUUUUCUGGCCUUCCUGUCAUUUAAACCUCCCCAUUUCCCGAAGCCCUUACCUCCUCCUUCACUCCUGUCCACUGGGACAUGAGCAGGAACCCCACGUGUGAUUCUCAGUACAAACAUGGAGGGAGAAGGGGGACUAGCAAAGGCUGUGCCUCUUUUCCUGCUCCUGAUGUAAUCUUGUUCCUCACAUCGUCACCAGGGCAUUUUCUUCUUUCCAAUUAUGUUGUCCCUUGUUUUCUCCUAUUGACAAAACUAGGAAGAUUUGCUCCAAAGAGUGUAGGGGACACCUAAAAUCCUCUUAAUAACCCUUCCUCAUGAUGUGGGACGCUCCCUUUAUCUGUGCUGCUUACCCCUCACUAUUUGUGCUAUUAAUGUAAUCUGUGUUUAUAUACACAUUUCCUAUGUGCUUUUUGUUUUCAUCCUUACAUUAGACUAUACUCCUUGAGAACAGUGUCCGUUUUUAACCCUAACUCAGAAAACAUCACUGCGGUGGUUUUAUACUACUAAAGUGUGCAACUUUAUCUUAACUCGGUUUUGAUACAAUCAGGAUAUGGCUUUCUAAGCUCUGCCCUGAUGUUUUUCUAUCUUCUAAUUUUCCUGAAGAAGGAACUGUUCAAAAGGAGUGAGUGACAUAUUGCAAGGAAGCCACCACACUUAGAGCUCAGGCCCUUGGUUUCUAGUCCCCGUUACCGACAUCAGUACAUGUAAGAGCUCACAAAAUUGUAAUGGAUUGUGCCAGGCACUUAGGUACAGAGAGAAACACCAGGAGGGAAGGGAGCCCACGCUUUGGAGGGUUUUUUUUUUGAGCUGCUAUGACAUCCUGGAAGCUGCUCCUGGGUAUUCUUGUCAAAGACUCCUUAUAAUGUUCUAUUUUUCUUCCAUGUUCUCUUGGAGGGCCUGAGAAGGUCCCGCCCUGAGAGGGAGGGUGCAGGGUGCCUGUCUGGGUGUGAGGGAGAGGGAAUCCCUUUCUAUUUGAGGAGCUACAAGCCCAUCUAGCCUCCAUCUUUCAUCCCAGACCCUUUGAGGAAUACUUUUUUAUCUCCUGAGACUUUGUUCUAUGGUGGCCUUUUAUGUUUCCCCUCGAUUCUUGUCUCUACCCUGGCACGUGGGGAUUCAUUAGGUAGCACCACAGCAUUCUAGCAGAGGCUCAGCUGCUCUCCCAAGCUGUUAAAUUCUACCUGCACUCAGUUUCUCUAUCCUGGAGCCCGACAGGCUUUUCUGUGCUUUCCACACUCCUGGGCCCUUUGAAUGAGUGCCGGCUAGCCUCUCAGCACCUAACUCUCAUGGGUUCCUGAGGAUCUGGGCCAGCCUAGGGGAACCCGGAAGAGGCAUUGGAAGAACUCCAGGGUGGGGAGCACACAGCCAUUGACUCACCUGGGGAGAUUGUGCCCAGAUUACGCGUCCUGCUGGGCCAAGGGCCAGGAGUUAAAGGAGCAUGCAGUGCCGCACUCUUCCUCCCCUCACUUUGGGGCGAAAAAGAGUAGCAGGGUUAGAGUUGGGGUAAGUAGGGCUUGGGGGCUCCUGGGAGUCCCUUCUGAAACCUGGGUGUUGUAUUUACUUUUUCAUAUUGGCAGCUGGAAGGGGAAGCCCAUCCCAGCUCGGCAUUGUUGUCUAACAUGGUUAAUCAGAUCCUAUAAUCCUGCUGUGGAAAUAUUGGGCCUCACUCAAAACAAUAGAGACCAAGAAUAUUGUGGUUAAAUUUCAACCAACUGCCUCCCUGGCCUGUUUGCCUAACCCCUACCCCCCUCUCCCGGGCCAGAGUCCUCCUUGCUUUAUGGACCCCUGAUAGGAUCGACAGCAGUCAGAAAUUGGUGACAGGAGAAGGGAAAAUGGAGUAGGGGCAGGGUAAUCCUCCAGGCGGGCAGUCUAUCCUGCCUUUCCCCUCCCACCCCAGGCCUUGAAGGGUGAGCAGGGGGCUGUGAAAGGAGUCAGAGCUGGUGGGGAAGCCCCACAGGGUCUGGGUCUGUGUGCAAGGGUCAAGAGCAGCACUGCUGGGAAUCCUGAUAGUAAAGAGAUCCCUCAUUCGAGACAGAAAAAGACUGCUGCCAGAUGAGAAGGAGAGGUCGCCAGUUUCAUUUAUUAUGGCUGCCUGGCGCUUCCAGGGCACAAAGCAAUACUAGUUGGUCGUAUGUCACAUAUUGGAGGAACAGGAAGGCACUGGUUGGGGGAAAGGGAGGUGGGAGUAAGGAUUUCUGCUUGAUUAGUAACCUGAUGUAACAGCAAUACAAAUAAUAAUACUCUGGUGAUGUAUGAAGGUGAUGCUAAUUCCCCCACUGGAAUGGUUUUCUGGUAGUGCUGAUGCCCUUUAGUGAAUUAAAUGUGGCAGGAUAAUUUACAUAAUUAGAAAGCAGCACAGAGGGAGUAGAUAAGCAGUACAAUGGCAUUGUGAAUCAAAAAAAGAUGCAGUGGCUGGAUUGUGCUUAAGGGGGAAAUUAAAACGGUGAAAUGUUCAGCAAAAGGCAGAGGUCGUUCCUCUUGCAGCUGUGAGGGUGCCUGGCUUGUGAGGUGGCCAACUUCGAGUUUGUACUGGGCUGUCAUGCACCCAGGAUGCACUCACUGGCCACAAGUUGCAGCCACACUGUGUUUGGAGGUGUCACCAGUUGAAUGAGGUGAAGUACAGUGAGGCCCCAGCUCCAGCACCGUGGACUAUUGAAUGGUCAAAGUGUAUGUGCAUUUUUAGAAUUUGAAGAAUGAAACAGCAGAACUGUGCCAAACGAAACUAUAUUUACUUAAUCUGUUCAUAUAGGGUGGGGAUGGAGCAACAACAAAGAGCACUUGAUGUUUCUCACCUAGGGCGCUAUGUGAUAAUUCAGGGACUGGCCUGGUCCCUGUGGGUCAUUCAUCAAAGCCAUUUCAAAGCAGGGACUGCUUGGUGGGAGCUGAGCGUCCCACCAGAAAGAUAUCUGGAAAAUAGUUCCUGGGAGUGAGACUCUAAGCGGACUCUAUGCUCCUGGAGAGGAAUCUCAAAACUAACUUAAUGGCGGUCAUCGAAUGGAAUUGAAGCAGGUGUGAAACUGAUAUUGAAAUGAUCUAAAGAGAAUGGAAAACGUUUUCACAGAUAAGCCACUUGGAUAACUAGUGGGAAGAGUUCGAUGGGAAGUGAGAUCCCCAAAAUGAAGCUCCAAAGAAUGACCCGGCGGGGGAUGUGAGACACUCACCACCUUGAUUGGUGGAACCUUAUGCUGUACAUAGGCUUGAACUGCAAAUGGGAAUGUCCCACAGGAAAAUCCUAGGUCACUACAAAGGAAUUCAAAUGAAUGGCACAGAUUGGUAGGAAAUGUGUUGGGAAUGAGACAGAAAAACCCAUAUUCAACAAGAACCAGAAUCAUUAAACAUGCAUUUACUCAAGUCAUAUACAUAUGUAUCAAAUGCUUACUAGCAUCCCCACCAAUGGGCAUUAUGCUACAUACAUACGUUAGGUACAUACAUUAUCUACAUGCAUACAUAUGUAUAUGGCUACAAAGACAUAGCUCCUGCUUCCAAGAAACCUGCAAUACAAAGAUGAUAUUAAAACGAUAGAUUUUUUUCCCCCAAAAUUUUUCAAAUGUAUGAAGUAGAAAAGUGAAAGCCAUGACUAUGUAUUAUCUCUUUUAAAAAAUUUAAAAGAAUAGUGUGUAUAAAUACUGUUUUGUGACUUGCUUUUACUUAACAAUGUUGUGUCCAUAUUUACAGGUCAAUAUAUAAAUCUCUUUGAAGGGUAAAUUACCUUCACUCUGAGCUUUAUAAAAAGUUUGAAAAGCACCCUCACAGAAAGUCAAGCUUACUCCGUUUGCUCCCCUAGCAUCAUCUGAGAUCCCACUGGUCUCCCUGCUGUUUCUCUAAUAUGCAAGCAUGUGAGGGCCUUUGCUCUAUGUAGUUUUCUCAGCCUAGAAUGCUCUUCCCCUCCGAUAUCCACUUAGUUGAAGUCCUCACCUCUUUCAGAUCUUUGCUUAAGUCACACCUUCUCAAUGAGGCUUUCAUUGAUCACCCCACUUAGCAGAAUCACCUGCCUCCUUACCUCACACCCUCUCCCCAUAAGCUGGCUGCACUCCCAAUCCUUUUAUCCUGUUUUGUUUUGUGCUCAGAGUCCUCCCUUAUUCCUUUCUAACAUAUUAUAUAUUUUAUUUAUUUUUAUACUUAUUUUUAAUUGUCCGUUUCCCCAGUGCCUCCCCAGUAGAAUAAAGCUCCAUACAGGCAGGAAUCUUUGUUUGUUUGUUUUUAUUGUUCUCUCACAUCCCAACCACCUGAAACAGUGCCUGGCACUUAGUAGGUGCUCAAAAAAAGUUGUUGAUUGAAUAAACGAAGACUUAACUCUCAUCCACACACACGUGCGCACGUAUACACACAUCUGUUCACACCAGCUGUAUCUUGAAGUAGUUUUAGAAAUGUGUGGGUAUAAAUGAAUGUAAUCUUUUUUUAUUUGCAGCAACCAGUUGUAAGGUGAGAGUGGGGGGGUU